AUGCAAGUACAUGGCGGCACAACUACAACACAACUUGUGUUGGCAACCAACAUUAUUGUCGAGUAUAAAUCGUUUAUUGAUACAGAAAUGCUCUUAAUACUCGGUCAAAUGGAUGCACCAACAGAAAUAUUUGAUCACGUAUAUUUGGGUUCUGAAUGGAAUGCUAGCAAUCUGGAGGAGUUACAAAAAAAUGGUGUACGACAUAUUUUGAAUGUAACACGCGAAAUUGAUAACUUUUUUCCUGGCAUAUUUGAUUAUUUUAAUGUCCGGGUUUAUGAUGAUGAAAAAACAAAUUUAUUAAAACAUUGGGAUAAUACCUACCGUUAUAUAUCACGUGCCAAAUCGGAAGGUUCCAAAGUGUUGGUUCAUUGUAAGAUGGGUGUGAGUCGUUCUGCUUCUGUGGUUAUUGCUUACGCCAUGAAAGCGUAUAAUUGGGAGUUUGAACAUGCUUUACAACAUGUUAAAGAACGUCGUAGUUGUAUAAAACCAAACAAGAAUUUUUUAAAUCAAUUAGAGACGUACCGUGGUAUGUUGGACGCCAUGAAAAACAAAGAAAAAUUGCAACGCAGCAAAAGUGAAACAAAUCUAAAAAGCACAAAAGAUGCACGUUUACUCCCUGGUAGUGAACCUACACCGUUGAUACAAGCUCUUAAUCAAUCGAAGUCAAAGUCAGCUGGGCAUGGUGUUAGUGUUGAGGUUGGUGAUUGUGAAACUACCGAGGCCAACGAAGUAAAUUUGAAUUGCGAAAGGAUAGCUUAUGUUAAAACCCGCCUGCUUUUACGUCGUUCAAAUAGCAUAUCGCCAAAAAGUAGCAUACAAAGUCAUAAUGUUAUAGUUAUGAAACAGCAAAGUCAGUCGCUAGAAAACUUAACCCCAGAACGAAGCAUUGCGGAUGAGCCGAAAAAUGUGCGUUUUCCGGGAAGCAAUGGUGAAAACUAUAGCGUUACACAAAAUCAAGUAUUACAUAUACAAAAGAAAUCGGUAACUAUACCUACUAGUGGAGAUACAGCACUACCACCAAAUUCAGUUCGUACCAUUGUUCAUGAUUUAGAAGCAGUUAAGGAUAGACGUAAAACUGUAGACGAUCGCAAAGUAUUAAAUUUGCAAUUUGGACGCUCCGUUUCGCAUGACGCCGCAACGCGAACGGAAGAGAAUUUAAGUAAUAACACAGCGCAAGAAUCUGCACACACAAAUAUUACAAAAAGUCCUGUGUGGACAUCAUCCGCUAAGCUUAUAACACAAACGUCGAAUUUAAAAUUACAGCAAUGCGAUAAAGAAACGGAAAAUAUUCAUCCUGCAUUACGUAAAAACAGUCAUGUCAGGAGAAACUCUUCGAGUAGUAAUAAUGAUCCUAGCGCUGAUAUGUUUUCCUCUCAAUUGGAUAAUGUGUUUGCAAAUGAAGAAGAGAAGCGACAUAGACGGAAAACCCAAUCCUGGGCUGCUACAAGUGGUUCAAGCGGUGGCAUAAUCCUGGAAAGUAAUACAUUAAUUAAUAGUGGUAUAGGUAUUAAAGCUAAAGGCUCCAACAGCAGUAUUGAUUCAGCCUCCUCGAGUACUACCUCUACAAUAUAUGAAGGCGUUGUUCGCACACGACCACGUCAACGUGAAUUACCAUCGCGACAUGCAUCUUGGGGUUCGGGUGAUAAUCGCUGUGGCGUGCCCAUCCGCAACAGUUCCUGGGGUCCGUAUGAUACUAAUCGCAAUACCUUCCAAUAUGGUGGCACAGCGAAUUCUGCCAUAUUCGAGGGACAAAUACAUGAACUGAACAUGAGUAAUAAGACUGUCAACUACAAGGCUACGAAUGAACGCCAACAAAACCAACACAGCCACAUAGGCACCGUAAAACGGACAAAACAAAAACUAGAGGAAUGCACCGUGCAAAAAAAACUUUGCCAAGAAAAUGGAGAAAGUGAAAGUGAUAGAGUAAGUGAAGAAGCCUUGUCAAGUCCUGUAAAUACUACCUCAGUUAUAAGUUCGCAAAAGAAAGGCUCGAAUUUAUAUCGCAGCGCCUCAGCAGCUGGUGGUACAGCAAGAACACGUUUUCCACACCGAUGUAAUAGCGAAGAAAUAGUGCCGACUGUAACAGCAGUAGUAUUGACGCAAGCUACAACACGCCGUAGCGAUGGUAACAAGCCAAUACAAAGUGAAUUGUUUUCUGCUUCAGCCCCCGAGUCAUAUACAAUGUCAGAUAUUGAAAAUAAAAAUCUGUUACCGCAGGAAAAUGUUGAAGACUCUUCUGAAGUGUUACUACGCACAAAUAAUUUACAACAAAUUGGUGCAACAGCAGAGGAUCAACGUAUAUCAGGCAAUGUGCAAAUACUCAAAAAAAGUUUUGAAGCUAAAGCGGGCGGUACUGCAACAACUGCAGCAACUCAAGCAAAUCUUACGGCCAGCUCAAAAAAAGGCCAUCAAUCACUGCCCUCAUCACCAGUAGCUCAACACGUAGACCAUAGCGGUAAUAUAAGAACAACAGUAACAAUUUCCGUUGCAACAACAACUACGACAACAGCCAUAAGUAAUGUAGAAGAGACAACAACAGCGGUUCCUACAAAAAAUACAUCAUCCAAUUCCUCAAAUUCGUCAUCAUCAUCUAGUGUAAGUGACACAAAUGAACGCAAUGUAAAAGGCUUGGUACAUAAAUAUCAAACGACUACUCCUAGCACAGCAGCUUCCAGCGCAUCAAAUACACCAGCAAUAACAACAGUAGUAGUAAAUACAUUUAGUAGCACAAAACCACGUCCACGAUCCUAUUAUGAAAAUCCUCAUUCCCACAGAUCGAUAAUGGGUAAACCACACGAUUACAGCGACAGUAGACCACCGCCAGCACCUGCCAAAUCAACAGGUUCAACAGCCACUAGCCAUAUCAUGACAGAAAGCAUUUUAGCACAACAACAUCAACAACAGCAGCGACGACUGCAACAUGGCAAAACACAUCCACUCGCUAGGCUAAGUUUACCAAAGCAAAGCUUUAAUGCAGCCGCUUAUAAUACGAUCCUUUUCCGCAUGAUACGCAAGGUUACAUAUUCAUUCAACAACAACAACAACACUUCCUCCACAAAUAACAACAAUAACACAAAAUAAUAUAUAUUUUUAAGAUAGAUAA